GAGCCAUAACGCAAAGCUAGAGACAAAUCAAGUCUGUGAAGGUCGUAGAGAGCAGGCUGUAGGAACCCAGAGAAAUCCGGCUGUAAUACUUCAAAAAUGUCUCAUUAUACAGAAAAAUGAACCAAAAUGUACCGAUUGUUAAGUAUUCUACAUGAAAACAGGAGAUAGUCUAGUAAGGAAACAUGAAAACCAAUAAUACCAUCCAGGCUGCCAUCGAUCUGACAGCUGGUGCCGCAGGUGGGACAGCAUGCGUUCUGACCGGACAGCCAUUUGACACCGCCAAGGUGAAGAUGCAGACGUUCCCUAAUCUGUACAGGGGCCUUACAGACUGUGCAGUGAAGACGUACAGACAAGUGGGGUUCAGGGGCUUCUACAAGGGGACCAGUCCGGCUCUUCUAGCAAACAUAUCAGAGAACUCUGUGCUUUUCAUGAGCUACGGUUUUUGUCAGAGGGUCGUGAGAAGGAUUGUGGGUCUGGACAAGAACGUACCUCUCAGUGAUCUGCACAAUGCAGCAGCAGGCUCAUUUGCAGCAGCAUUUGCCUCUUUGGCCCUUUGUCCUACAGAGUUGGUGAAGUGUCGUCUUCAGGCCAUGCAUGAAAUGCAGCUAUCUGGAAAGAUUAUAGAAGGGCAGAAUACAGUGUGGUUAGUGAUAAAGAACAUCCUGCGCACAGAUGGUCCAAUGGGAUUCUAUCAUGGACUCUCCAGCACGCUACUCAGAGAGGUUCCAGGCUACUUCUUCUUCUUUGGGGGCUAUGAAUUAGGUCGCUCGUUUUUUACAAGAAAUGGAAAAUCUAAAGAUGAGUUAGGAAUAGUGCCUUUGAUGAUUAGUGGAGGAUUUGGAGGAAUGUCAUUGUGGCUGGUUGUGUUCCCGGUGGAUUGUGUGAAAUCUCGAAUCCAGGUCCUCUCAAUGACGGGAAAACAAGCAGGAUUUAUAAGGACAUUUUUGAAAAUUUUGAGAAAUGAAGGUGUCGUGGCUUUGUACUCUGGCCUAAAGCCAACAUUAAUCAGAGCUUUCCCGGCCAAUGGAUCGCUCUUUGUGGCCUAUGAGUACAGCAGGAAGUAUAUGAUGCAGCAGUUUGAAGUCUAGCAUCUCUUCUAAUGUUACUUGGAGACCCUCGUAAUGCUGCUGAGACGAAGAAUUCUACAAGAUGUUCCUUUCACCCACAUUUCGAGUGCCAUGUACUCUUCCAUCAUUAUUGCCAGUGCGACUUAUGGUGUGAACUCUUUAGAUACCACUGUACUGUCUCCCCAGGAGUGGAUGCUUUCUCUUAGACCUCUUUCACACGGGAGUCCCGGAUUUUCUCCGGAUGCGUCACAUCUGCAUUGCGGGAAACCCGCACGAGUAGGCACGCAAUUUCAGUCAGUUUUGACUGCGAUUGCGUUGUU